GCAGUUAUUUAGUGUAUCUAAUGCAGUGUGAUUUUCCGCAAUUGAGUUAAUUGUAUUAAUUAAAUAUUAAUUUUUUUUAUAUUCAUACUUAUAUUUGUUGAAAAGUUACUCUGGGGUAGAUAGGAAGGACUUUUUAAUGGAACUAGUUGGUUCUUUUAGAAGAAUUAAAUAUUAGUCCAGUGAAGAUUGUAUCUUGAAGUCUCGUACAUGUCACUAUUAUUCCCUGUCAUGUUCUUCUCAGUCUAUGUGAUGAAUCCCUCAUCUUCCGCCCCUUUCUAUAUUUUACUUAUUUCCUCCUACUUGAAAACUUGAAAACCGUUUAGUUUCUGUUGAUAUGAAAAUCUCGGACUAUAAAGAUAUCAAGCCCAAAGACCAAACUCUUUCAUGAUGUUCCGUUUGCAUUUUAGCCUGUCAAACUUCCAAAAGGAGACAAAGGCGAACGGGGAUUAGAUGGUGUGGAAGGACCGAAGGGAGAACCUGGCGAGAAAGGUCAGCGAGGAAUAACUGGCCUUUCUGGACGGAGGGGCGAAAGAGGAUUGAUCGGACUUCCUGGUAACCCUGGAAAAACUGGACCGCCAGGAAUGGCGGGACUGCCAGGAGUGGGUAUACCUGGACCGCGAGGAUUACCUGGCGAAGAUGGCGCUCCCGGAAGACCUGGAGAAAAGGGAAGAAUGGGCGAACGUGGUAUUCAAGGAAUAAAGGGAAUGGAUGGAACGAUGGGAGAUACGGGAUCACGAGGACCGAGAGGGCCGAAGGGCGAAAAAGGGAACAGCGUUAUGGGACCUCCCGGCCCACCCGGCCCUCCAGGUACCAAGGGAGAAGCAUCAAUGAUGGACGUAGUCUACAAACCCUUAAAAGGUGACCAGGGGGAUCCGGGUCCUCCGGGGCCCCCAGGGAAGUCAGGCGGCGAAGUUGGUCCCAAGGGAGAUCCUGGAAAACCCGGGAGACCGGGUGAAAAGGGCGCGAGAGGCGUCGAUGGAGUAAAUGGGACCAAAGGCGAAAAGGGUGAUUCGGGAGGUGCUUCAGGAACGCCAGGGGAGAAAGGUGAAAAAGGCGACAGUGGAAGUAGUUGUAAUUGUAACGGAACAAAAGGAGACCCCGGCCCAAUGGGCCCUGCAGGACCUGUUGGGCCCCCCGGCCCUCCUGGUUUCCUUGGCAACAAUGAAACGAGCAGAGAGUCUGGAAUGAAAGGCGAACAAGGAAUAAAAGGAAAGCCUGGGGCUAAAGGAGAGAAGGGUAGCCCUGGGUCUGUAGGCUUUCCUGGGUUGAAAGGAAAACAAGGAUUACAGGUCAGUAACAUAACUUGAGACUUGAGUUGAAAGUCGUCCACUAGCAGACAGAAA